AUGGCAUCGCCUUCUCAGCAAUUGGCGCCUAUCCGGAUUCGCCUGCCGCAUCCAUAUUUGACGACAUACCACCUGCUGCCCUCCGGCAAGGUUCAGAAUGGGAAUCAGCUCCUCCAAAUACGCAAGUCUAGCGAGGGUGAAGCCCAGCCGUUUCCCCAAGAGCUGCAGAAUGAUCAGCUCUUCUUCAGCACACUUCAGCCCGUGAACCCUGACACGGCGGUUCCGGACUCCAACAACACAGCUUGGGCCCGCGCCCAGCGCAGUCCAACUUCGAUCUGCACAUGGAAGGGCUCUUCCGCACCAACAGUCGGCCAGGUGUGGCUGUUCCUCUACGCCACCUUCACCGUGAAAGAGCAGAUCGAGACAUUCCGUCUGCAGCUCCGGGGUCCCAACGCUGACGCUUUGGCGCAUGCCCUCCGCCUGUCGAUGGUAGCAACCGACCACCCGCUACCCGUCAGCAGCAGCACAAAAUACCAGCCCACCCCCAACGAGCUCCUCAUCCUGCGCAGCGCCUUCUGGCAAGGCUGUGCCUCUCCCCUAGGCGCACAGCCCAUCUGGCUGCCCAGCUGGAGCACCGGCGCCGCCGUCCCGCUGCUCGACUACAGCAUGACCUCUACGGAGACCAUGUACCGCCGUCACCCACGGCGUCAUCCCAAGCCCACGCCCGGCUCGGUCGUCUACAGUCGGUACAUCCCUUUCCUGGACGAGCACUUCUCCCUCAUUGCGCUAGACUACCGCAACCCCGCGCACCUCAACCUGUUCCACACGUGGCAGAAUGAUCCACGCGUCGCAAAGGGCUGGCAGGAAACCGGCUCCCUCGACGAGCACCGCAAGUACCUGCAGCGGCAGGACGAGGACCCCCACACGCUGACCGUGCUGGGCCGCUUCAACGACACGAUAUUCUCCUACUACGAGAUCUUCUGGGCGAAGGAGGAUAACAUCGGCGCGCACUAUGCCAGCAGCGAUUUUGACCGCGGUCGUCACACGCUUGUGGGCAAUGAUGCGUUCCGCGGCCCGCACCGUGUCAUGGCGUGGUGGCCAAGUAUGAUCCAUUAUUGUUUCUUAGAUGAUCAUCGCACCGAGAAUGUUAUUGGGGAGCCCAUGUCGACGAAUGAUAAGGUACAUAUGUAUGAUUACACUUUUGGCUUGCAUCAGGAUCAAUUGCUGGAUUUGCCGCAUAAGAGGGCAAGUCUCGUUAAGGUUACGAGGGAGCGAUUCUUCCAGCUUUGUCCGUUCGAUCAGGGGACGCCGCAUAUUGCAGGGACGGGGUUGGCUUUUAAGCCGCGGUUAUAA